CUCUUCCUCCACCCCCCAGAUCUUGAAAGGAAGGUCUUCAUAUUUCCGGAAUCAUCGGACACCAGCCACGUGGUUUUGAAGGCCACCUCACAGCAGCCUUUGACCAGCUUCACCAUCUGCCUGAGAUCCUACACGGACAUGACCCGGGCUCACACCCUAUUCUCUUACGCAACCAAGACGAGUGACAACGAGAUUGUGGUCUUCAAAUCCAAAACCAAUGAGUACAGCCUUUAUGUGGGGACUGCAGAUGUGAUUUUCUUCUUCCCAGAAAAGCUGGUUUCAGAGCCUAGCUGGGAGCAGAUCUGUAUGAGUUGGGAAUCUGACACAGGAUUAGUGGAGUUCUGGCUUGAUGGGCAACCUUUUCCCCGAAACGGUAUGAUGAAAGGUCAUGUUAUAAGUCCAGAGGCAUCGAUUGUCCUGGGGCAAGAUCAGGAUUCCUUUGGGGGUGGCUUUGAUAUCAACCAGUCCUUUGUAGGGGAGCUCACAGAUGUGUACAUGUGGGACCGGGUGCUGUCUGGGGACGAAAUGUGCCUUGUCUGGGACAACCAUGUUCCUUCCAACCCAAUAAUUAACUGGAGAUCGUUAAAUUAUGUCAUGAGAGGCUACACUGUUCUUAAGCCCUACCUGUUUUCCAACUGUAGAGCUGAGUAGGCUUUGCAAACAGAUGGAGAGUCUUUUAAAAAAAAACACAUUACAGGGGGUGGACUAAAUGAUCCUUAGGGUCCCUUCCAACUCUACGAUUCUAUGCUUCUUUGAUUGAAGCCUCCAACAGGGCUUAAAGUUAGGAUUGUGGUGGUAGUCCUUAAAAGAUCUAUACUUUCGCAUGGCAAUAGACACUGUU